CAUGUCAAAACCUGCCUACCUGGUCCUGGAGUAAGUUAUUGCGGGUAGUGCAUUCAUAAACACACACUACACACACAUACAGUAACACUUCAGUCUGCCGCAGCUGUCAGAUUGUCUCACUACACUACACCAUGUCUAUUACAAUCUACUUCAGCAGUGUCAGUGGCUCCAGAGAGGUAAAGAAACAGCAGACUGAAAUUUUCCAGUUCCUUGAUUCGAAGCAAAUCAAGUACUUUGUCAAGGACAUCACUGUGAGCCCUGAUUUGAAGAAAGAGAUGAGGGACAAGGUUGGGAACCCCGAAGCCUUGCCUCCUCAGGUCUUUAACGGAAAUAAAUACUGCGGGGACUACCAGGCGUUCUUCAAUGCAGUGGAAGAUGGCAAGCCGGAGACGUUCUUCAAACUAUGAGUCAAAAAGAGGACUUUAUUUGACUCUUAAGCUUAUCUUUGUGCAAUAGACAGCUCAAAUCCAUAAAGCCCAAAUGUUGCCACAUGAACGAAUUUAUACACUUGCAAAUUUGGUUUCCUGUAGCUGAUAUGUGUGUGAAUUUGGGAACAAAAUUUAAAUGGGUUAAAGAGUUAAAGAGGUUGUAUUAGUUUGACAACAGUACAUUUAUUCAGAUUGGAUUCAUUUCUUUAAUUAUAUAUAUUUAAAAUGUAAUCAAUGGAUGAUUAUACAAAUCAUUCUUUUAAGUACAUUAUUAUACUUAGACUUGAUACAGAUUCAGCAUAAGUAUUCCAUUCAGUUUAUUAGGUACACAUGGUACUUAAUAUUUGGGCAGAUGUGUGGAUCAGUGCUUUUUUUUUUUUUUUUUUGCUACGGUGAUAAUACACAGCCAGUAUGCCCCUUUCUUUGCUCCUCUGUUUAUGAGGACUCUCAUGUUUCUUUGUUCAGAAUGUAUAAGACGUGAUGAUGUAAGAAUUGGAGAAGAAAAAGAGGGAAGGAAAUAAAUAUACUUGAUGUACCAAGUAUACGUGUGUUAUGUA